GGGGCGCAGCGUCCGGCGGCGUCGCGGGCAGGCGGGCUGCGGGCGGCGGAGGCUGCGGCGGGAGGGGCUGGCGGGGGCAGACAAAGCCGCGGCUAAUGAAUGGGAGCGCGUCCGCCUGCGCUGUCCGUCGUCGGCACCCGGGCUGGAGCCGCGCUGCCCGAGCCCGGAGCCCGCGAUUCUUGUCCCACAUAACGUUUGGAGAGUGAUCAGAUGGGAAUGGAGCUGCUGGAGCGGCAAGAGCAGUGAUCACGGAAACGCAGAGGGGCCAUCAAGAUGGCAGCCAUCCUGUUUCCAAGACGACAGGCAGGGCUGCACUGUAUGAAUGUGUGUCUGCAGCGUGAAGGACUUACCCAACUCCUGGAAAGCAGUGGUCUGCGCCCGAAAAUGAUGUGCUCAUGAGUCACACGUUCUGGUUUCCAGGGAGACGUAUGACUGGCCAUAUUCAUAACCAUCCCGAAAGAUAGAGCUGUGAAAUCACUGAAGAAAAUGUGCAUUUGGGCCACAAGUGUGCGUUUGGAUCAUUUUUUUUACCAACCUAAGAUAUCAGCAUGGUGAAGCAGCAAAAAUAGUUAUGGUCAGCCAUGGAGAUAAACCAGGAAACUCAUUCCAAAGUGGAUGGUGAUUUUGUUUCCGAUAAAGUAAAUUUUAAAAUAGAAGAGGAAGAUGACGGUCAAAUUCCGAACCACAGUCUGGAAAGAAUGGACUUUAAAAUUGAGCAAGAGGACAGGAAACCAGCCGACAGUGGUGACGGACAGGCAGAGACCAGAGAGACGAGCUGUGGCUGUGAGCCACCGGGGAGGUGUGUCCCCGCCGACGGUGAGGACGAGUACGGGUCCCUGUUCUCACAGUACAGCAGCACGCUGUAUGACGUGGCGAUGGAGGCCGUGACACAGAGCCUGCUGUCCGGCCGGAACAUAAGCUCCAGGAAGAAGUCUCCGGCUUGGAAGCACUUCUUCAUCUCUCCUCGGGACAGCACGAAAGCAAUAUGUAUGUACUGCAUGAAGGAGUUCAGCAGGGGCAAGAACGAGAAGGACCUGAGCACCAGCUGCCUCAUGCGACACGUGCGGAGAGCGCACCCCACGGUGCUCGUCCAGGAACACGGCACUGCCUCAGCCCUGGCCUCGCUCUCGCCCCCGUCGCUGCUGCUCCCGCCACAGCCCGCUGAGGUCGGAGACCUGGGCACGGUACUGUCACCCAUCAAACUGGUCCAGAGGAUGGCAUCUAAGAUCCCAUCUCCCGAUCGAGUGACGGAGGAAUCUGUGUCCGUCAUGUCUUCUGAAGACAUCUCUUCCGACUUGUCCACCUCCGAGAAGUACGGCCGGGAAGAGGCUGCAGUGGGCCCCCACUCACAGCUCCCCACGCCCCACUACGAUGAAGCUGCAGAGAGCGGGGCGGAGAGGAGCCUGGCGCUUCCCAAGGGCACAUCUGGGUCCCGCAGGCGAUCGGCCGUCUGGAGGCACUUUUACCUGUCGCCUCUCGACAGCUCCAAGGCCGUCUGCAUCCACUGCAUGAAUGAGUUUAGCAGAGGCAAGAACGGGAAGGACCUGGGCACGAGCUGCCUGAUCCGGCACAUGUGGAGGGCACACCGCGCCAUCGUGCUGCAGGAGAACGGCGGGGGCGCGGCCAUCCCGCCCCUCUACUCCGCGCCCCCCACGUUGCUGCCUGCCCCGCCGCCCCCAGAAGGAGAGCCAGGCUCCGUGUCGUCAUCGCCGGGGAAGCUGGCCCAGGCGUCCCCCUCGGCGGCCUCCUCCCCCGACCGGCCCACGGAGGAGCUACAGUCACAUCUGCUGCCCGGAGACGCGCUGAUGGAAGACGUGUCGGUGUCGUCGCCCUCCGAUGCCGCCGGCAAGGCCUCGUUGGUGUCCUCCCCCCAGAAGCGGCCAGGUGACAGGUUGAGCCCUCGCUUGUUUGGACCUGGUGCUGCGUUCCAACAGAAUAAAAAGGCGGUGAAGAGGCUGAAGUCCGAAGUGUGGCAUCACUUUUCGCUGGCCCCCACGGACAGCCUGAAGGCGGUGUGCAGACACUGCGGGUGUGUCAUCAGUCGGGGGAAGAAGGGUGACGUGGGCACGAGCUGUUUGAUGAGACAUCUCUACCGACGCCACCCAGAAGUGGUUGGGAACCAAAAAGGCCUUCUGGGGGCCAGUUUGGCAAAUUCUCCGUAUGCUACCUUGGCUUCUGCAGAAAGUUCCUCCUCCAAAUUAACUGACUUGCCAACAGUGGUGACAAAAAGCAGUCCAGCUCUGUUUCCCGUUCACAGCAAGAAGACCUCAAAGCUGUGGAAUCAUUUUUCCGUCUGCCCUGCAGACCCCACGAAAGUCGUGUGCCUGCACUGUGGCCGGACAAUAAGCAGGGGGAAAAAGCCGACCAACCUGGGCACCAGCUGUCUGCUGAGGCAUCUGCAGAGGUUCCACGGCAACGUGCUGAAGGCCGACGUCCCCAAGACCGCGCUGCCCUCUGCUCCAAGCGGCCAUGAGCCCCUGAGCACAGAAUUGUCACGAGCCUCCUCCUUUGAUGACACCGAUGAGAAGCUCUAUGACUCUCAUCCAGUUGCCAAAAAAAUAACGAGUCUCAUAGCUGAAAUGAUUGCACUUGACCUUCAGCCAUAUUCUUUUGUAGACAAUGUUGGCUUUAAUAGGCUGCUCGAAUACUUGAAACCUCAGUACUCUUUGCCCUCACCUUCCUACUUCUCCAGGACAGCUAUCCCAGGGAUGUACGAUAAUGUGAAGCGGAUAAUUAUGUCACAUCUGAAGGAAGCUGAGAGUGGCGUGAUCCACUUCACGUCCGGAAUAUGGAUGAGUAACCAGACCCGGGAGUACCUGACCCUCACUGCUCACUGGGUCACUUUCGAGUCGUCGGUCCGGCCGCACUGUGAGGACCACCACUGCUCAGCACUUUUAGACGUGUCACAGAUUGACUGCGACUACAGCGGCAACAGCAUUCAGAAGCAGCUGGAAUGUUGGUGGGAGGCCUGGGUGACAUCCACCGGCCUCCAGGUCGGCAUCACAGUGACCGACAACCCAAGCAUAGGCAAGACGCUGAACGAAGGGGACCACUCGAGUGUGCAGUGCUUCAGCCACACGGUGAACCUGAUUGUCAGCGAGGCUAUGAAGAGCCAGAGGAUGGUCCAGAACUUACUGAGCAUCGCGCGGAAGGUAUGCGAGCGGGUACACCGGUCACACAGGGCCAAGGAGAGACUGGCCGAGCUGCAGAAGGAGUACGAGCUGCCGCAGCACCAUCUCAUCCAGGACGUCCCGUCCAAGUGGAACACGUCGUUCCACAUGCUUGAACGACUCGUCGAACAGAAGAGGGCGAUUAACGAGAUGUCCAUCGAGUGUAACUUCCGAGAACUGAUCAGCUGUGACCAGUGGGAGGUCAUGCAGUCCGUGUGUCACGCGCUGAAGCCCUUCGACGCCGCGAGCCGGGAGAUGAGCACGCACGUGUCCACACUCAGCCAGGUCAUCCCCAUGAUCCACAUCCUGACCAGGAAGGUCGAGAUGCUGUUCGAGGAGACGAUGGGCAUUGACACGAUGCUCAAGGCCCUGAAGGAGGCCGUGGUGAGCCGGCUGUCCGCCACCCUGCACGACCCCCGCUACGUGUUUGCCACCCUGCUGGACCCGCGUUACAAGGCCUCGCUGUUCUCCGAGGAGGAGGCCGAGCAGUACAAACAGGAUUUAAUCAGGGAGCUCGAGAUGCUGCAUUCUACCUCAGAGGACGCACCUGUCGCCAACGGGUGUGGUCCAGGCUCCCCAUCGAAAGACUCCGGUGGGGAGGACAACCUGUGGUCGCUCAUGGCCGAGAUAAAGCAGCAGGACCCGCGAGGAAAGACGAAGGUCCCCGAGGACAUGGUGCUCGCGUAUCUGGAGGAGGAGGUGCUUGAACACAGCUGUGACCCGCUCACCUACUGGAACCUGAAGAAGGCGGCCUGGCCGGGCCUCUCUGCUCUGGCGGUCAGGUUUCUGGGCUGCCCCCCGAGCAUCGUCCCUUCCGAGAGGCUGUUCAGCACGCACCCCGAGAACGGAAGCUUCGGCCAGUCCAGGCUCAUGAUGGAACAUUUUGAAAAACUGAUCUUUUUAAAAGUGAAUCUUCCCUUAAUAUACUUUCAGUAUUGAGACUCACAGUGGAGCCACUGGCGGAAGACCUGUUGCCUGUCAGGCGCCGGCUGUUUGUCCCGGGCUGGUGGCUGCCCCGGUCGGGGCCAUGUAGGACAUCAGACCCGGCACUCUCAGGUCCACGCUGCGUUCCUGCGCUCACCGGAAUGUCCACGUGUGCCUUACUCCCAGUCCUUCGGCCAGGUAUCACAGCGUGGUUUUUAAGAAGUCCGCUAGAAAUAGCCUGUCUAGUCAAUUAUGAAAUACGAUGAUUAGGUUUGAAUCCGUAACUGUAAAGUUUUUUAAAAGUUGGGGGUUAGUGAUUUGUUUCACUAGAAUGGCAGAGAAGAUGUCAACAGUUUUAUUCUGUAGGCUUUUUAUUCAAUUAUGUAAAAACCACAAAUCAGGUACUGUAUUUUAGUUAAAAAUUGCUUUAAUUGCAACAAAACAGCUUUUGUGGCUGUCGAGUAAAAUCUGUACAUAGGAGGUGGAGUUGAAGCCAUCCUGACUGAGCGCUUGUCAAGUGCAGGUUCUGAAGUGCGUGAGGAGCACAGAGAAUACUCUGCGAGAUAGCUGUUUACUACAAAAAAGACAUGGCAUUUGAAGACAAAACUAAACUGAGCUGUGUCACGCGUGUCAGUGACACAGUGAGUGGUGAGGAGAGCUUCCCACUUCCUGCCCUGCAUUCAGGUCUCACGCGGCCGGUAGCUCUGAGACCCGACUGGUUCUGCUGGGCACCCGGCCAGGGCACAACACGACCCGUUUACAGCAGUCCUGCUGAUUAAACCUCCGAGCCCCUGACGUAGUCUCUACACUUUGAAACUGUCUUUUGAAAUUUGUGUAGUGACCGCCAGUUUGAUCAAAUUAUGUGUAAAAAUUCUUUUUAGAAGAGAUGGCUCAUCAACAGGGAAGAUUUAUAUUAUGGUUGUGAGAAUAGCCUUAGGUGUUUAGAUUUAUAAUGGGGAACAUUCAGCCAUCACUGGGGUGUUUUGGGACCCCAAGGACGUCAGAAUGAAGUGUCAGCUGUCAGGUUCUUCUAAUAGGUCUUCAAAGUUUUUGCUUCAACAGGUAGAAAAGGGUUCAUUUUCUUAUUUCAGACCAAUUAAAUAUUCUGGGUAAAGCAAGUCACUUCUUUGCCUCAUACCUUUAGAAAAGUUGUUUUGUUAAAAUACUGUACCUAUUAUUCAUCUGACUUUGCAUUGACCAUGUUUUAGUGUAU